GCAUUGGUCUUGUGAACACGAAACUCAAUGCUUGUGAAUUGCAAUUGCAAGCGAACUCCGUUCGCUUCGCUUCACCCUCGAAGCCACAAUUUACGCAAAAUUAGACAGUUCGAGUGAUAUUAAUUUCGAGUUAUUGUGACAUCGAGAAAUCUAGAUAUACGCAAAAUGGCGAUUUAGUGGUAAAUUUGAAGUCAAAGGGGUCAAAAAGGUCACUUUGGAUCAGGGAGGCUGCCCCUGCAAGAUUCUUAUACCUGUGAUGAGCAACUGAGCUUUGGUAUCAUUUUUGAUUGUCAAUUAGGUAUUGUACUUUGGUUACUUUUUGUUAUGAAAAAUCAAAUCACUGGUUGCACUUAUGUCUGCCAGUAGCAGACAAGCUAUUGAAAACAGAAAGAUCCUAGAAGAGUUAGAGGCUCGGAAAAAGCAGAUGCUUUUGAAACCAGGGGCGGUUCCAUCUGCAUCGGGAGCUCCCAGUACUCCAGUGGGUCCGGCCUCUGCCGGAGGCCAUCUGCUGUCGCCAGCGCAGCGGCAGGCGCUCCAGCAGGCCAACAGCUCCUCGUUUGGCUACUUUGUACCUCAGGAGUCGCUGUUCGGUAACCUGGUGAUGCCCGUCAUCCCCCGGCUGGAGCCCGCCGGCGUCCGCAAAGACAAGUAGGUCCGCCCGCUCGUGAGCGCCGCCCGCCGCCAUGGCCGUGUGCAUGAAGCUGUGGCAGCUGGAGUCGCUGCUCCAGCAGCUGGAUGGCUUCGAACGUCCCAAGGUGAAACUGGAGCAGUACGUGACGCCGGCGCACAUUGCCGCCUGUCUGCUGCACACGGCGCAGGCUUCGUUCGGUGACAUCGCCGGCCGCGCGGUGGCCGACCUCGGCUGCGGGCCGGGCGUGCUGGCCGCCGGCGCGGCCGCGCUCGGCGCCGGCUCCGUGCUCGCCGUCGAUAUCGACGAGGACGCGCUGGCCACCGCCCGCGCCAACCUGGAGGAGGCGGAGCUGCCGGCCGUCGAUCUGCUGCAGGCCGACGUGCAGGAGGUGGCGCAGCUCUGGCGGCAGCCCGUCGACACGGUCAUCACCAACCCGCCGUUCGGCACCAAACGCAACGCCGGCGCCGACAUGCGCUUUCUGCAGGCGGCCCUGGAGCUGGCCGGCUCGGCCGUGUACUCGCUGCACAAGCGGAGCACGCGCCGGCACGUGCAGCGCCAGGCCGAGCUGUGGGCGGCGCGCGCCACAGUGGUGGCCGAACUGCGCUACGACCUGCCCAGCACGUACGGCUUCCACCGGCGCGCGUCUGUGGACAUUGAGGUGGACCUGUGGCGCACAGUGCCCGGCCGGUAGGUCGACAGCGGCGGCACGGCCGCCGCCGGGGCUUCGUACUUUCCUGGCGAUAACACAUUUCCUCUCUGCAUUCCUAACAACUAUCAUUCUGGGAUAUUGUGUGUUGUGGAUUACGAUGUUUGCAUACUGUUUUCAGUUUUUACUUCUUACUUUUUCCAUGUGUAACUAGACUUAUGCUCAGUUAAGCAGAUAAUAUGUGUUCAAUUGUCUCUGACCAAUGUUGUUGAUACACUGUGCUGGGAAAUAAAGGCGAUAUGUGGAGGUGUACA